AUUGAAAAAUGUGUUCCAAGUUAACGGUUGCCAUUUUGGCUUUGGCUGUAUUGGCGGUGGAAGUUCAUACAGGAAUAUCCCCGCUCAGUAAAGAUUCAACCGAUUCGCUUCAGUUAGUGAUUCUGUUGUUCCGUCAUGGAGGUCGAUCGCCUGCCAUGGGCUAUCCUGCUGAUCCCUACGCAAACUACCCAUGGAUCGGAGGUUUAGGAGCUCUGCAACCGAAAGGUACCGAGCAGACCUUUGAGUUGGGUCAAAACUUGCGCAAGCGCUACGGAUCUCUGCUACCGUCGAAUGGUUUCUACUCGACCCAAAAUGUCUAUGCAGUCAGUAGUAGCGUCGAGAGAUGUAUCAUGUCUGCUCAAUCCAUAUUGGCAGCCUUCUUGCGUCCCGAAUCCGACACCCUGGACAUCCCGAUCCGUUGGCAGCCAACCCCUAUCGUUACCAUUCCGGCCAAGGACGACUACAUUCUUCAACAAUCUCGUUCCUGCAACAAAUUCAACCAAGAGUACGGACGCUUCAUGAUGAGUCCCACUCCCGAGUUCCAACCCCUGAACAACGAGUUCAUCUCUCAGUACGAUUAUCUGUCCAAGCACGCUGGCUACACAGUGAACUCGUGGAUGACCGCUCUCGGAGUCUAUGAUGCGCUUAUCGUGGAGAAUCAAAACGGUUUGGCCCUGCCCGGAUGGUCCAACAGUCUUUCCGGAUAUAGCCGUUCGCGGCUACGGCGGUUUUCUUAGAAGCUUCACCGCUACACCGCUGUUGAAGCAGUUGAAGGGUGGUGCCACCUUUACCGAGUUCCUCAAGAUUAUGAAGUCCAAACAGGCCAAAACACUGAGCCCAGAUCGCUCGAUUUUCUUCUACUCGGGUCACGAUCUGACUCAGGUCAGCCUGCUGGAUAGCAUGGGAAUGCUCGACCAAACUACGGAUCUGCCCGAAUACGCCUCCGCCGUAGCUUUCGAGCUGCACCAAAACCCGUACGUGGCAGGAGGUCUGGAGGUUCGCAUGGUGUACUUCAAGAACUGGACCGUGAAGACUCCGCAACAGCUGUCGAUUCCCGGAUGUGCGGCCCCGUGUGCCUUGAACCAGCUGGAGGCCUCGAUGCAAGCUAUCAUCUUGGACAACUACGAUGCUUCCUGCGCUUGAACUAACCUCAGACAUUUGAUAAAUAAAAUGAAACCUAGAA